AUGGUGUCCUUCAGAUCAGUUUUUCUGGCAGCCACGACGGCCUUUGCCGCCGUAGCCCAGGCUCAGGAGUCAAUCGACCCGGACAGCGUACCCAAGGCCACGAGAGUCUCAUGGUGCAACUACGAAACCUCGUCGUGCCCGCUUAUCUGUUCACAAAUUACAACCAAGAAGACACUUACGAACACAUGUGAUCCCGACACUUUACAAUAUGGCUGUCUGUGUGGAAAUAACCAGCAGCCUAACAUCACUGAAUACUCAUUGACACUGCCGUACUUCAUUUGCCAGGAGUUUGUUGUACAGUGCAGAAAUGCCUGUGGAACCGACAGCACAUGCGCGACUAACUGCGCCGUGGACCACCCUUGCGGUGCCACUGAUCCUAAGCGAUACAACACGACUUCAACAGCCUCUUCCUCUGUUCCUGACGCUACUCCCUCCGCUUCCACCACGGGCGCCGACACCAUCUUCACCAAUGUACCUGGUACUACCGGUGGCGGCAAGGGCAAGUCGAUGGCAGCUCCCGCUGUUGAAAUUCCAAGAGUGUAUGGACUGGCGGCUCUGUUUGGAAGCAUGUUUUGGAAUGCCUUCGUCGAAGUAUUACCGCUAUGGAUUGCGCCGAACAUGGUCACCCUUCUGGGGUUCUUCUUCAUUCUCUUCAACGUCGCCUUGGUGGUCAUCUAUAUGCCUGAUCUAGUGGGACCAGGACCGUCAUGGCUGUACUUUAGUUUUGCGUUUGGCCUUUUCAUGUACCAGACGAUGGAUAACGUCGACGGAAAGCAGGCGAGAAGGACCGGCACCUCGAGCGGUUUGGGCGAGCUCUUCGACCAUGGCAUCGAUUCGCUUAACUGCACUCUCGCGAGUUUACUUGAGACGGCCGCUAUGGGACUGGGCACCUCGCCCUCUGGAGUCUUCACAGCUCUUAUUCCGUGUCUUCCCAUGUUCUUCUCAACGUGGGAGACUUACCACACACAUACGCUCUACCUUGGCGUCAUCAACGGCCCAACGGAAGGCCUCCUUAUUGCCUGCGGCAUCAUGAUCGUCUCCGGAAUUUACGGACCCGAAGUUUUCACGAAGCCACUAGCACAUAUCUGGGGCGACCACUUGGAGGGAGUGGCCCAUCUCAUCGGAGACGUCUCUUUCCGGGAUAUCUGGGUCGGCAUGAUCAUCUUCCUGCUGUUCACCACUCACAUCCCCUUUUGCGUCUUAAACGUAGCCCGUGCGCGCCAGGCGAAGAACCUCCCUGUUCUUCCCGUGUUCCUCGAGUGGAUUCCAAUGGCCGUUUUCACCGUCUGCACCGGCGCCUGGGUCUUUUCUCCUUACAGCUCCCUCAUGAAGGACAACCACCUCGUUCUCUUUUGCUGCACAAUGUCCCUCGUUUUUGGACGAUUGACCACCAAAAUCAUCCUCGCACACUUGACUCGUCAACCAUUCCCGUACUGGACUGUCAUGUUGACUCCGCUGGUAGGAGGUGCCGUUCUCGGAAACCUUCCUCGAAUUGGCUUCCCCCAGAUUACCCCUCAACUGGAGUUAUUCUACAUGUGGGGAUACUUCUUCUUCGCGGUGGUGGUCUAUUUCCGCUGGGCCUACCUGGUGAUCACCAGCAUCUGCGACUUCUUGGGCAUCAACGCUCUCACUAUUCCAAAGGAGAAGCAGUUGGCCAACAAGCUGGCCGCCAGAGCCGCCACCAAGCUGCACUGA